UGACAGGAACUGACGUCCUGGUGCUCGGGCGUUGUGUCAUGUGCGGAGGGUAAAGCGGAAGGAUAAGGAAACAUUCACGGGGUUCAAGUCUCAACCAGCCGGAUGGAAAAGUGGGAGUCAACAUCCAUUAAUGGCGGACCUGUACCAUCUUCACACUAACUCACAGCCGCAGCGUGUUUGGAGUGACAGAGUACGUCCCUGACAUCCAGCAGAAGAAUUUCUUCUGCAACAGAUUCUCUUUCCGGUCAUCGAAAGAACGAAGUCUUUUUAUAAUUUCUUUCAAAAAUGGCAUCGGGAAUCGCCUGAAACUGUCCUCCCAAGUCCUGAAAAUCCGCUGCAACACAAAAACAAAAGUCAUUUUCUUUGAAAUAUUACAUAAUAUUUGGAUUGAUUUUGAAAGUUUGGUGAGAGAGGAGGACUUGUCGAGCAUACCGCCGCUUUCCUCCUCCUUUUCUGAGGAAAAGUGGUUUGGGGGAGAGAGAGAGAGCGGAAGACAGGGAGAGAGAACGGGGAGACUGAGCGGGAGAGGUGAAGGCGGAAAGAGGAAGAACGAAGAACGAGAUAGAAGAGACGAGGGAGGAAGGGAGUAGAUGAGGGAUUGAGCAAUAGAGGAAGAGAGGACGGUAGAGAAGCCUUGCUUUUCUGAAAAAUAAAAGAAAAAAGAAAGGCAAAGGGUCUUGGCAAGGUUGGUUGUUCAGAGUUGAUUCACACACACACACACAGCAAUCGUUUUCUGCUACUUCGUGGUGUGGAGUGAAGCUGAAUUUCGUUGGACCUGAUUGGUGAUACCAAGGGAAGCAGAAUCCCUGAAUUUUCACUUCAUGGCUUUUGGAGAGAGGAAAAUAUGAUUGAUCUAUAUUUCCAUGGAUUCACUGGACGAGAAAUGCGUGAAGUUGGCAUGCAGCCAACGGUUCAAGUCACUGAUCUCCACAUGUCUUCUGAUGAUCUUCAUUGCUCUUGUCCUUCGAACGUUCAUAAUGGGUUCAUUCUAUGAGUUCAUCGGAACCGGACAGAGAUACUUCAAUUGGGUUCCUGGUUCCUCACUUGACUCUAGCGUAGGAGUUAGGAGAGACAAAUUUUUGGUAGUUCCUCAGAUGGUUUGGGGCUUAAACAAUCAAAAGAUCGCCUUUGCUAGAGCUUGUUUGACUGCAAGGUUUUUAAACCGGACACUCUUGAUGCCGAGCUUCAGUGCUUCGUUAUUCUAUAAGGAAAUUGAACGUUUGGAGCCUAUGGACUUUGACAAGCUAUUCUCAUUUGAUAAGUUUAAUUUUCACUGUCAUGGGUUUGUUCAGCUUGGCCGGUUCUCAAGCCUUUCGAAUCAAAGCAAGCCAUUCCUGCUCAAAAAAGGGGAGGGGAGAAGGUGGACUUUGGAGAGAGAUUUGACACAGUUGAAAGAGUUCAGAGAGAACCCAAUUGACGAGAAUGAGGUCAUAAAGAUUGUUGGUAAAAACCCUUUUCUUUGGCAUGACCAUUGGCCAGUCAAGGAUUAUGCAACAGUGUUCGAAUGUCUGGUUUUAGUUGAUGAAAUAGCAUCUGAAGCGACAAAGGUUGUUUCCAAACUCAGGAAUCUUGGUAACAGUAUGGAGAGAAAUGCGCCUUCUACACAAGUACCAGCACCUUAUGUUGCAGUCCACAUGAGAGUGGAGAAAGAUUGGAUGAUACACUGUAAGAAUCUCGAGCAGAGGUCCAACAUAAGACAGAUUUGCAGUAACAAGGAGGAGGUUAUGGAAAGGGUGGCGGAUAUUAGCAGUCUGAAGCUGCCUGUUGUGGUGUAUCUAGCUGUUGCUGAUGAUCUCUUAGAAGACUCAUCAAUCUUGACUGGUUGGAAAGAAGGCAUCGUUCCAUUUGAGAAGAAGAAAUUGGGAGUUUGGGAUAUCUAUAAAAAGUAUCCAUACCUUGUACAGUCCGCAAUAGAUUAUGAUGUCUGCUUGAGAGCAGAUGUAUUCGUGGGCAAUAGCUUCUCUACAUUUUCCAGCCUAAUUGUGCUUGAGAGGACGCAGAAACUGAUGAAGUUAGGAACUUCAAUUCCAUGCGAUAUGGAAGUUGUUGGUUCAGCAGGCGCUUCUUUUGCAUACAACAUAUUGAGUGAAACUGGUGGACCAAAAAGAUGGAUGACAAACAUGUCUGAUUCUAGUUUGCGUUCUAUCAGCUAUGGAACCAACAAUCUUUCCUGUUGAGAUAUUACUGUCCAUCUUACUGCAAGAUUCUUUUCUAGAUCUCAGGAAGACCAUGCAUCCAAGUGGUCUCCAGGAAGCUGGCUUUUUCAUAAUAGCAAAGACAGCUCUGUUGAGCCUAGUUCUACCUGCCAUGAUCUCCAUGCAAUAUUUUAGUUGUUUAGUAUUCUUUGUUGUAAGUGAUCACAAUAAAGUUUUUUCAUUUUGAUUGGUUCUAUCUGUAAAAGAUAUGUGGUAAUAAAUCAUGAUGUGGAUAAUAGGACUUGGAAUUUGGUGAUCAUAGAAUGAGUACAUUUAAUUAUUUUUUGAA